CUCUUUAUUACAACGAUAUUGUAGACUAGACUUUAAUUUCCCAAAUAAAAUCUCUUUGCAUAAGACAACUCAGCAAGGACAAUAAAACAAGCAUUUUGACAAUCAAGCGGUCGAGAGUCGCAACUCGCAACAAAUUAUUUUGAUGUAUUUUUAACUAAAUUUUAGUGUUUUUCCUAGCAUAUAUUAAAAUUAAUUGUGUAAAAUGGCGUGUAAGAAACCGUUAGGGCCGGGGCCGGGCGCGUACCGGCUGCCGACGACGGUGGGGUUCGCGGAGCACGACCCGUCGCGCAACCGCAGCCCGAUGUACUCGUUCGGGCUGAACGCCGGCUCGCGCUUCAGGCAGCUCGGCCCCGGGCCCGCCUACCGCAUCGACCGCAUCACGCGCGACGGCCUCGUCUCCUCGCCCGCCUGGAGCUUCGGAGCUAGGCUGGCGGGUCGCGCGGGCGGGCGCGUGCCGGGGCCCGGCGCGCACGCCCCCGAGCGCUGCCCGCCGACGCGCGAGCCGCGCGCGCCGCAGUACUCCAUGGGCGCGCGGCUCGGCUUCGCGCCGCGGCGGGCCGGCCCGGCGCCCAACGCCUACGCGCUGCGGCUCGGGCCCGGCUCGCCCGCCUACACGAUGGGCGCGCGCGUGGGCUUCGCGCUGAAGCCGCGCUCGCCGGGCCCGGCCGUGUACUUCCAGCGCGACGCGGACGCGUACCGCCCGCGCGCGCCCGUCUACUCGCUGGCCGCGCGCUCCGAGGGCGCCGGCAAGGGGCCCAGGACGCCCGGCCCCGCCGCCUACCCGCCCAACCUGUAUAACACGAAGAAGAAUCCGUACGCCUACUCGUUCGGCACGAAGCACGGAGACUACGCGCCACCAAUGAUCAUCAAGGAAGACACUAUGGAUUGUCUAUGACCGACGCUCAGACCGAAUUAACAAUUCGAAGAUAACGUCUUGGUUACAUUUAAAAGACAACUCAAAAACAUCAGCAAUUAUUUUGAGUUGAAAUGGUUUUCCUGACGUUUAAUGUGAAAAAAAUAGUAAAAAUGAACAGAAAAUGUAAUUGUUUGUGAUGACUUUUGGAUUUGAAAUGUUUUUUUUUUUCGAAUCCGCACCGUUACUGUUCCAUUUUUGAUGUACGUUGUAAUGUUUAUUAAUAAAACAUUGUUAAAGUUGUA